CAUUCACUUAGAAAGAUAGAGACGAGCUUUUUUUUUUUUUUUUUUUUUUUAAAUUUUCAAUUACAGGCGUUUAAGUCAGGAGCAACCUGUGUACGCGCUGUUUGAAUGUCUUGAACAGUGUUAGCUCACCGUUAGCUUAAUAUGACUGAGGAGUUAGCUAGCUCUGCAGCUAGGUAGGUAACGCUACUGAUAGCAGCAUCUCAGCCUCUGCUUUUUCCACUACACACCGCUACUUUUUCGGCUUCAAUAUACCUCAGACCGGUUAACCCGCACUGUACAACUGAUUUAAAAUAGAUUUCAACACAGCUUUUGUAUGUUUGAGUAGCUACGUGUUUGUUUAGCUGGUGUGUCAGUCAGUAUAACGUUAGCUGGUGGAUUACAAGACAGGAAAUGUUUUCUCUGGCACACGGACCUUUUAAACCAGCCAUCGAUUAUUAAUGCUGUAGAUCGGUCAAAGUCUGUCUAGGAGUUAGUUGGAGCGACGAGGUGCGUCAUUUAAACUUCUCGUUACUUCUCUAAUGACACAAACAGAGAUGGUUUUGUGGAUGUCUGAAGCAGGAGAAUGAGUGGGAGCCUGCCAGUGAGAGGAUGCCACCGUCUUUCACAGAAGAUUACGCCGCAUAACAUAUCGAUUAGCUGACCAACAUCUGCUGGGGAGGACUGGGAAGCCCACAGCCGGUGCAUGCGAUAUACAACUGCCCUCGGCUUUAUCAGCAAGUCUUGUCCAGCUUUUCAGUCCAAUGGUUGUGAAUGGGGUCAACAUGCUGUCCCAGCUCGGAGACGUGGCACUGGCGGGUCCGGGAGGAGCAGGGCUGCCCGCCGUGUCCUUCACCAACACAUCGGCGUCCUCCAGCCCGACCUCAGCUACUGAUACCCGGGGGUGCGAGAAUGGCGCCUUGAUGGAUUCGUUUGGGAUUUUCCUGCAAGGACUUCUGGCCAUGGUGGCUUUCAGCACGCUGAUGUUGAAGCGCUUCAGGGAGCCCAAACAUGAGAGGAGACCCUGGAGAAUCUGGUUCCUGGACACCUCAAAACAGGCAAUUGGGAUGCUGUUUAUUCACUUUGCUAAUGUCUACCUGUCAGAUCUCACAGAGGAGGAUCCCUGCUCACUAUACCUCAUUAACUUCCUAUUGGAUGCGUCUCUGGGCAUGUUGCUGAUCUAUGCCGGAGUGAGAGCCGUCAGCGCUAUUGUCGAAUGGAGGCAGUGGGACUCUCUUCGUUUUGGAGAAUACGGAGAACCAGUGCAGUGCACAGCAUGGUUGGGCCAGUGUAUCCUCUACAUCCUCAUCAUGAUGUUUGAGAAAGUCCUUAUCAUGCUGGUCCUCCUCAUCCCCCAGUGGAAGAAGCUGGCUCUCCUCAACCCCAUAAAGAAUCCUGACCUGGAAUUGGCCAUCGUCAUGCUCAUCGUUCCAUUCUUCAUCAACGCCCUCAUGUUCUGGGUAGUUGAUAAUUUUCUAAUGAAGAAGCACAGGACAAAAGCAAAGCUGGAGGAGAGAGAGGAGGACUCGAGGGGGAACAGCAAGGUGCGCUACAGACGAGCUCUGUCUCAUGACGACUCAGAGUCAGAGAUUCUUUUCUCAGCAGACGAUGAAAUGGAUGAGUCAGAUGAAGACGACGUACGGCGACUCACUGGUCUGAAGAUGGUGAAGAAGAAGAAACUUCGCAUGGGGAUCCCUCCGGGUGAGGUGAAGAAGAAGAAGCGUCCACCAAUGAAGGAGGAGGACCUGAAAGGAGCUCGCAGUAAACUGGGUCUGAAGGGCGAGGUCAAGAGUAAGACCUAUGAGGUCAUGGUGGAGUGUGAACGUAUGGGCAAAGUGGCUCCGUCUGUUUUCAGCAAUGUGAGGGCGGGGACAGAGACGAGCCUGGAGAAGCCUGCUGCCAAAGCUCCUGGAGCCAGUGUGUUCGGCAAAUAGAUAUACACUGCGGCCUAAACCCAACAGCAUUGAUGAAACACACACUGUAGUCUUUAAGUUUGUGAGUCUCUGGUGUUGAUUAAUAUGGACCCUUUCAUGCAUGAAUUAUUACAACCUCAGUCAGGAUUUGUGUUUUUUUUUCACUCUUAUAUUACUUUAUAAUAACAUAAAUCAACUGAUUUACACCCAAAAAAGUGACUGCAGAUGAAGUGGUAGUGUAUGGGAUGACACACUAGUGUCCACUGUGGUGGCUGAAGUGAAACUCUGCCAUCAAAAUCCAUGAAUAUAUAAGAAAUCAGCUUUAGAAUAUCUUUCCACUGUAGUGACCACUAUCGUAAAAGGGUUAAUGACAUUAAAAAAGGUAAAGGUUAGUGCUUGUAGUCUGUGUUGACUUUGCUACGUAUGUAAACAGAUACUGUACUUUGAGCAGUGCAUCAGCCUUGGAGGAUGGCUUUGGUUUGGAUAAAUGUGGAUUGUAAAUUGGUUGUGAUUUUUUUUGUGAUCAGUUUUGACUAAAGUUGUUAAAAUAUUUGCUUAUUUGUCCAUUUAUUUACGUGACCAAUUUUCCUGAUUAAAAUGUUUUCCUCUGUAUAGAGAA